AUGCCGUCGCCGGAGAAGCGUCGUCGGGUGCAGGCGGUGGCGCCGAUGCUGGACAAGAGUGUAAGCAACAACAUAGAGGAGAAAGGUCCUGCUUUUGGGGAUGCUCCGUGCCGUAACAAGGCAACUGGGGUUGACAUUGACGACAGUAGUCGAGAUGAUGCUGAUGGAGGAGACGCUAAUAACAUGUCUCUUUUAUCAAAAACUGUUUUGUCAUGGACAAUCCAGGAUAUAUUAUUGGAUAAUGAGGUUCAGAAAGUACCAACCAAGUUUAAAGGGCUUCAGCAUUAUUUGGAUGUACACUCAAAUCUGCUAAUGGAAGAAGUUCGUAUAACCAUCAAGUCUAGCUUGUUGAAAGUUGAGACUACUCAAUGCUUUCGUGAUUUUGUUGUGUCGUUUGCUGGGCCACCUUCCAUCUAUUACAUUGAUAUUGAUCUUUAUGGAAUUGAUAACUGUCAGCAUGUUGUGAAAGAUGGGGAUCUGUUUUUUCUUAGUACUCAACCAUUAAGGGGUCAGUUAUCAGGUUGUUUUGGUAUUGCCACAGAUGUUGGCUGUGAUAAUCAGUUUCAAAGAAGCUUCAAGAUGUUAGUUUCAGAAAAUCAGAAAAACACUGAUUUAGAAUCAAUCAGAUAUAUUUGUUUUCUUACUAACAUUAUGGAUAAUUUGAACAUAUCAAAGGCAAUGGUCACAAUGUCAUCUGGCAGAUGUGGUAUUAUCAAUUCCAUUAUAAGACGCAAUGAGAAGUGCAAAAAAACAUGCGCAUGUGCUGAGUUAUGUGCAUUUGGAAUUGAAGAUUCCAGUUAUCUCGAAAAAUACAACGAAGAGCAGCAAUGUGCAAUGACAUGCAUUAUGUCGAAAGUAGGUUGUCACCACAACCAUUCAGUUGAUCUUGUAUGGGGGCCUCCAGGUACAGGAAAGACCCGAUUAGCUGCCGGUUUAGCUAUUUGUAUGCUGAAUUUGAGAUUAAGAAUAUUAGUGUGUGUUCCAAAGAAAAGAGAUAUUCAUAUAUUUCUUCAGAGUUUACAGAAAGUUGAUCCAUCAUUCGACUUUAGAGGCAUUGUUGUUCUCAAUAGGCUGAGUAACUCUGAAAGCAUAAAGAAUUGCAACAAAUUACAUGAAAUGAAUUUGGAAAAUAGAGCGCAGGCGCUCUAUUGCUGCAUAUUUUUAUGGAGAAGUUUUGUGAAAGAAUUAGGUUUUGUUUUGGGAUUAAAACCAUACUGCAAGGAAAAAUGCGAUCACGAUGGAUGUACUAUCUGUAGCAAAAGCAAGCUAGCUGUUUUCUCCUUCAGUUCUUUUAAAGAGAAAGUUUGUGCACUUGCUGUAGAUGUAGAAAAAUGUUCACGGAUUUUGAUUGACAGCCUGUCAGAUAUAUUAUUGUCGAACUAUAACAUUGAGAUCUUAAACAAAUUGUUGAGCGGCCUAUCACAUUUGGAGGAUCGCAUUAAGAAUAGUGAUAUAACACAGUCUGGUGUUGAAAAGGAAUUUGGGCUUGCAUCUGGUAUUGAUUUUUCCUGGGAGGAGGUAGGAUGCAAUGUUGCAGAGUUGAAUGAAAUCCGGAUGACUUGUCUUGGGUUGAUAGAGGUUGUUAUGAACUCAAUUGAAUUGCCACAACUGGAUGAUAGAAAGGAUCUUGAGGAAUUCUGCAUUAGACAUAGCCGCAUUAUCAUUUGUACUCCAGUCUGUUCCUCUCAGCUACGUGAGUUAAAGUUGGAUACCAUCGAUAUUUUAUUGGUUGAUGAUGCUGCACAAAUAAAAGAGAUCGACAUGCUUAUUCCACUGUCAUUUUCACCAAGACAUAUUGUGAUGUUUGGGGAUCAUCUCCAUUUGCAGCCCAUGGUGAAAAGUGAGGUUUGUAAAGAAGCUGGAUACGCUUCAAGCCUUUUUCAACGAUUGAUGCACUCUUCUUCUGAAAAUAAGAGACUCACUAAACAGUAUAUGAUGGAUCCUUCGAUUAGUCAAUUCGUGAGUGAAAAUUUCUAUGAGGGUAGAUUGAAGGAUGACUCAACAGUCAAGUCUGAUGACUACAAUAAGCUCCUAAAAGAAUUUCCAGUCCCUGCUUAUGGGUUCUUUGACAUAAGUGGUGUGGAUGAGUUGACAGGCAAAGGAAAAGGCUUUGUGGAGUCUUCUGUAAUCAUGUUCUUGCUUCAGUUUCUUUGCAAAGGUCGGACAAAUGCCAUAGGAAAGAUCAAUGUUGGAAUAAUUUGUCUAUACAACAACCGAAUGGAUGCGCUGAGAAAUCUUUUAGGCAUCAAAUAUGAAAACCACGACAGAAUUAAUAUAGAAGUUAACUCUCUCGGUAAUUUGCAUGAGAAAUGGUAUGAUGUGGUAAUCCUGUCAUCAGUUUCCGAUGAAAAAGCAGAGCUUCUCGAGGGCAGCAAAAUGAAUGUAGCUUUUUCAAGAUCAAGAUACUGCCUGUGGAUUAUUGGAGAAGGUAAAAAUCUGAUUGCGAGUGAAGAUUUAUGGAAGAAGUUAAUUGGAUAUGCAAAAAAUCUACACUGUGUUGCGACAUUGAACAGCAAUGUGUUGUCUAAGGUUAUGAGUCAGUUGAAUGACCGGGACAAAGAUAUACCCACUGCCUCUGCACUUCCAAAGAAGCUAGGGGAAGAAUUUACAUGGGCAGGAAGACCCAAGAAUACAAAAUACAUCCUGGCUCCCCUUCGAGAUCAAAAGGGUGCUCCUGAUACUUGUUCUUUUCAGGCAUGUUUAGGGACAGUCGAAUCAUUAAACAAAUUUCAGUUUUCAUGCUUAAAUCCUCCACAGGAUUUCACAUGGAGUUUGUCACUGAAUGACCUAAAGACUCGGUACGAGAAUACAGUUGCUGAAGAGUUUGCAUCUGAGGAGUGCAAGAAAAGGGGCACGCAUCGAGUGGAAACUGCCCUGAAAAUUCUAAAAGAUGAUGGUGUCAUAGGCCGUGACAAAGUUGACCCUGAGGACCGACUCUUCAAACUCGCAUCAUAUGAGAAGGUUGGCAUCAAUGAACCACAAAAGGUAAGAUGCCUCUCCUAGAGGCUGGAAAUAUAAUGGUAGGACAUUUCCGUGUGUCGCGAAACUACUUCUACUUGAAGCCGGGAGAGAUCUACAGCUAUGAUAAGAGAGUGCCAUACAUCCAUGCCAAGUCCAAUCUGCCGGUUUCCCAUGCCGUUAUGGUUAUUGGUGAUGGACGACAUCGAGAGCCAAUGGCCUCUGCUGCAAAUGACCGUGAGCAUGUUAUGAUCCAGAAUAGUGAAGGGAAGCGGUUUGGGAUUGAUGGGUUGGGAAGAGUUGACAAGCUUUCCUUCCGUGGACUCUACCAGAUCAUUUUGCCAGAUUAAGUUCUCAAAUGCUAAUCACCUUUGCAGGCUGCAGAUUGUGGUUGGAAAUGGUCAUCUGUCUGUCUGUCUGUCUGUCUGUCUGUGUGUGUGUGAUGCAUGCAGUAGAUGCAAAUUAAGCUCGGACAAUGUUCCAUGUAAUAUGUACAGUACCAUAUAUAUACAUGUGAGGUGAGAUUGAUUUUGCUUUUUUGAGAGGAUUGAGGUUAGGCCAGCAGAGCUGUUGACGCAUCAUGUAUGAAUACGGUGGAGAAGUGAGAGAAAUUCUUUGCUGGUUGUUUUUUCUUUAA